CUCUGCGAGUCCCUCCCCCUCUCCCUGUCUUCUCGUCGGUGACGACUCGCUGAGUUGACCGAUUCGACCGCCAUGAAAGAGGACCAAGAGGAACACCACCACCAAGAAGAAGAAGAACAAGCUCGCUCCGAAACCACCACGGACACUACCACGAAGCGGAAGCUCGAGGACAACAUCCUUUUCGCCAAGCAGAAAGCUCAAGAAAUCGCCGCUCGACUCGUCAGCAAUGCCGAGUCAAAGCGCCCUCGACUCGCCGACGACGACUCGCCUGAACCCGCUUUUCACUCCAACUCCGCCUCCAAUCCCCUUACCGUUUCUUUUGUCGCUCAAACAGGACAAACAAGCAAGAGAAUAAGUAUUCCAAAUGGAAAGGUUGGGCUGAUUAUUGGGAAAGGAGGGGAAACAAUUAAAUACUUACAAAAUCAGUCAGGAGCGAAGAUUCAGAUAACUAAGGACUUAGAAGCUGAUCCCUAUUCGCUGACAAGAGAGGUCGAAUUGACGGGGACAUCAGAACAGAUUAGUAGGGCAGAACAACUUAUAAAUGAUGUAAUAGCACAGACAGAAGCAGGGGGCUCUGCUCCAUCUGCAAAACAGGAUGCUCCAUCUGCAAAACAGGAUGCAAACCCAGUUCAACCUGGUGCAGAACAGUUUGUCAUGAAAGUUCCAAACAAUAAAGUUGCUCUGCUUAUUGGAAAGGGGGGUGAGACCAUAAGGAAUAUGCAGAGCAGGUCAGGCGCUCGUAUGCAGAUUGUACCACUGCACCUUCCUCCUGGUGAUACAUCAACAGAGAGAACUGUAUACAUUGAUGGCUUGAAAGAGCAAAUUGAGUCAGCUAAGGAAUUGAUCAAUGAAGUACUCAGUGGGAAACGCUUGGUAAAUCCAUCUGGUGCAAAUAGCUACAUGCAGCCGGCUUAUGCAGGAGCUGCAAAUUGGGGUGCGCCAGGACAACCUCCAAUGCAACAACAGCCUCAGUACGGGUACACACAACCUGGAAGCUAUGGUCAACCUCCCCCACCUGCCUCUUACUAUAGUAACCAUCCCACCUCGGUAGCAGCUUGGGAUCCGUCUCACCAAGCAACCCACUCUCAACAACCUCAGCAAAGCACUGGAUAUGAUUAUUACGGACAACAAACUCAGGUUGGUUUAGCUCCGUCAAAUCCUAGCUACAGCUACAAUCAGACACUUCCCGCCAGCCACAGUUAUGGCCAGAGCUACUCUCAGCAACCAUCAAAUUAUGGACAACCCAUCUCAAGUCAGGUUCCAGUUCCCAAUCAGCCGAACCCAUAUGUUAGCUCAGAAUAUGGGGCACCUCCACCGUCAUCAAACCUGGAUGGAACAUCUUCGUCUCAAGCUAUGCAGCCGGCAUCUGCUUACCCAUAUGCUCACAGCCAGACAAUUGAUAAUUCUCAUGCUGGCUACUGGGCUUACUCGAGCAGCACAAGCCAACCACCAGCUCAGCCAUUUUAUGAUCAAACAGGUUAUUACCAGACAAUGUAUGGAAGUCAGCAGGCACAGGUCCCUUCUGCAGUGCCGCACUCCGGAUAUGGAGAAGAUGGGUAUCCUUCUCAGUCAGCCUCUGCACCAACCGAUUAUGAUCAAGCAACCAAUCCUGCUCAAGGUGGGCAACAGCUGGAGCAACAGCCUCAAGAACAGCUAGCAACAAAUGGAAUUGCACACUCAUCGGUCAAUGGAGCUCAAAGAGCUGCUGGUGGGAAUUCAGAUGAGAUGGCUUAGCGACUGCCGUGCCGGAAAACGUCAAUGCUCAAAGCUAAAGUUGGAGCGAGCUUGGUGUUCUCCUCGUACCAUUUCAUUCUGUGAUUGAAAUUUUUUUCGUCAUUCUCAUAGACCUUUUUUUUGUCCGAAACUGUUACAUAAGCCUUGGACUUUUUAUCUCACAUUACAAAAGCCAGUACCUGAUUGUGUUCUGAUUGCUGAGACUUGCUUAUGAAGAAUCAAAAGCUGAAUUGUAUUAAAGGCGCUUCGACUAGAAGUAACAGAAAUUAAAAAAGGAGCAACCUCAUUUAUAC